AUGCCUUUAGUCAACUGGAGGGAGAGGCAAGCUAAGUUUGAAGCGGUUCUGCGAAGGAAGAAGAAGAAGGUUGCAGACCGGAUCCUGCCCCAGAGGGUACGUGACCUUGUGCCGGAGUCGCAGGCGUACAUGGACCUGCUGGCGUUCGAGCGUAAGCUGGACUCGACCAUCAUGAGGAAGAGACUGGACAUACAGGAGGCGCUCAAGAGACCCAUGAAGCAAAAGCGUAAGCUGCGAGUUUUCCUGUCCAACACCUUCUACCCUGCCAAGCCCGAUGCAGAGGGGGAGGACGAUGGGAAUGUUGCAUCCUGGGAGCUGAGGGUGGAAGGCCGACUUUUGGACGAUCAGGGUGUACCCAGUACCAAGCACGACUCACACAAGACCAAGCGAAAAUUCUCGUCCUUCUUCAAGAGCCUUGUGAUCGAGCUUGACCGCGAGCUCUACGGGCCCGACAACCAUCUGGUCGAGUGGCACCGAACAUCGACCACGCAGGAGACAGACGGGUUCCAGGUGAAGCGGCCCGGCGACCGCGACGUUCGCUGUACCGUCCUCCUCAUGCUCGACUACCAGCCGCCCCAGUACAAGCUGGACCCGCGCCUGGCCCGACUGCUCGGGAUCCACACACAGACCCGGCCGGUCGUCAUCAACGCGCUCUGGCAGUACAUCAAGACUCACAAGCUGCAGGACGCACACGAGAGGGAGUACAUCAACUGUGACAGGUACCUGCAACAGAUAUUUGAGUGUCAGCGAAUGAAGUUUUCGGAGAUCCCCCAACGUCUGCACCCACUACUGCUGCCUCCUGAUCCUAUCGUUAUUAACCACAUCAUCAGUUGUUCAGGUCCUGAACACAAGAAGACGGCCUGUUAUGACAUUGAUGUAGAGGUUGACGACACUCUGAAGACUCAGAUGAACUCCUUCCUGCUGUCCACUGCCAGUCAACAGGAGAUAGCCACUCUGGAUAAUAAGAUCCACGAGACGGUGGAGACCAUUAACCAGCUGAAGGUUCAGCGGGAUUUCAUGCUGGGAUUCGCCAAGGAGCCGCAGAGCUUCAUCAACCAGUGGCUGGAGUCGCAGUGCAGGGACCUCAAGACGAUGACAGAUGUGGUCGGCAGCCCAGAAGAGGAGCGCCAUGCGGAGUUCUACCACCUUCCGUGGGCAGGCGAGGCCGUCUGUCGCUACUUCUACGGGAAGGUACAACAGAAGAGAGCUGAGUUGGAGCAGGCCCUGAGUGUCAGGAACACAUAGAAUAUAUCUGCAACGUAACUUAGUAUAUGGUAGCCAUCACACCUGUAUAAUAUCAAACCCUGAAACAUACCACCACUGUGUAAGGCAGAAGUCUGCAGCAUGCUGUAACCUAGA